AUGUAUUCGAACAUGAUUUAAGGAAUACCAGUCUCCAUGGACUAGAACUCCUCUUGUUAUGCCAAGCAAAAUAAUAUUGUUUAUGAAAAUGUAGUAAUGGUCAAUAAAUAACUUCCCUUAUGGGCCAAUGAUUAAGAAAAAUAAACUGAAAUAUAAUGUUAGUUUUGUAAACGUCCAAUCAUUACGUUAACGAAAUAAAGAAUUGGAAAAGGUUCUAUAGUAUGUUCACUUAUUUUAAUCUUAACCUUUCCAAUACUGUUUUGGUUGCCUUGUUAUAAAGAGUCUUGCCAAGAUGUAGUUCAUUUAUGUCCUAAUUGCGGUCAUAUAGUUGGCGAAAAACUCUAUAAACCAUGUUCUUGA